CCGAAUUAGUCAGCCAAGUCUCUGUUAGAACCAGAAUAUCAGGGAUUGUGUCCUGCACCCAGAUAUGAGGAAGGUCCAACUGAGAUACAAAGACACAGGAGUACACUCAGACUAGCUUGGAACAUAGACUGGCUUUUUUGUACCUCUUAUCAGGGUGUUUGACAGUUUGUUGAUAAUUGUGAGACCUCUGUUGUUUUGGAACAAGAGGUUUCUCUUCUGCACAUUGUUUCAGACUAGAAGGACAGACAAAGAGACAUAGACAGAAAGAAAAGAGAGAGACACACAAAGCAAUAAACAGACAGACAUUCAGUGUUGGAAGACAGCCAUGGGAGUGGAGCAGCAGAGGGCUGGGGAGUUUUACGUGGAGAGGGAUGUAUUGAAUGAGCUUUGCUUGGACGAGUUGGCCAGAAGACGGACUCACUCCAUCAGACCUCCCCUGAAGGAGCGGGUGAAAGAUUCCCUCAGGUGUUCAGUGCCCAAGCUGAAGCGUUCUGUGCUGAGCUUUAUACCUAUCCUGUCAUGGCUGCCUCGUUACUCAUUGAGACAAGAUGCACUGGGAGACCUGAUAUCUGGCAUAAGCAUUGGCAUCAUGCACCUGCCUAUGGGUUUGGCCUAUGCUCUCCUGGCCUCUGUGCCCCCAGUGUAUGGCCUCUACACUGCCUUCUACCCUGUACUCAUGUACUGCAUCUUUGGCACCUCCAAACACAUCUCCGUAGGCCCAUUUGCUGUGACCAGCAUCAUGAUAGGCACCACGACAGAGAGACUGGCCCCAAACAGUAACUUCAUGACCCUAAAUGGAACCAAUGGGACUGCAGUUCUAGAUGUAGUAGCCCGCGAUGCCCUCAGAGUACAGAUAGCAGCCAGCACCACUUUACUGAGUGGGAUCUUUCUGUUUCUGCUGGGCAUGAUUCGGUUUGGUUUUAUGGUGACGUUCCUCUCGGACCCCAUGGUACGUGCCUACAUGACAGGAGCAGGUAUACAUGUGGUACUUUCCCAACUCCCAAGCCUCUUUGGGAUCCGCACUGGACGCUUCACAGGACCGCUGUCUCAGGUCUAUCUCCUAAUAGAUAUCUGUAGACAUCUGCCAGAGACUAACGUUGCGGCCGUGGUGGUAACUCUAGUGGCCUUGGCGGUCCUCAUAACGGUCAAAGAACUCAACAUUUACUUUGAGAAGAAAAUGCCUGUGCCUGUUCCUAUAGAACUCAUAACGAUCAUAGGAGCAACACUUAUCUCUUACUACUGCAAACUGCACAACCUAUACAAAGUGGCCGUCAUCGGACAGAUCCCCAAAGGACUACAGCCUCCCAGGUCACCUGAUGUUAGUAUGUGGGGUUCGAUAGUUGGUGAUGCAUUCGUAGUAGGCAUAGUGGGAUAUGCUCUUAACAUCUCCUUGGGCAAAAUCUUCGGCCAAAAACACGGCUACAACGUGGACAGCAACCAGGAGAUGGUGGCUCUUGGUCUCUGUAACAUAGUGGGAGGAUGCUUUCAAUGCCACGCUAUUGCUGCUUCUCCGUCCCGUACCCUCCUCCAGGAUAGCACUGGGGGCAAGACACAGGUUGUUGGGCUGAUUUCUUCAGUGCUUGUGCUGAUCUUCAUUCUGCAACUGGGGACACUGUUUGAGGAGCUACCCAAGGCUGUCCUGGCCUGUAUAGUGCUUGUGAACCUGAAAGGCCUUUUUAUGCAGUUUAAAGACAUUCCUGAACUCUGGAAGAGCAAUAAGGUCGACCUGCUGGUGUGGUUGGUAACUCUGGUGUGUACUAUCUUGCUGAACCUGGACCUCGGCCUAGGUGCAUCCAUCGGCUUCUCUAUGCUCACUGUCAUCUUCAGAACACAACUGCCGCGGUACUCUAUCCUGGGGCAUGUUCCUGGGACUGAGCUCUACCUGGAUACAGACACAUAUGAGGAGGCAAAAGAGAUACCAGGUAUCACUAUCUUCCGUUCCUCCACCACAAUGUACUAUACCAACGCUCAGCUAUACCUGGACGCACUGCAGGAGAAGAGUGGAAUUGACAUUGGAAUGCUGCUGAUGAAGAAGAAGAAAAGAGACACUGAAGAAAAGAGGAAAGUCAAGAAAGAAAAGAAUAAAGCCAAAAAGGAGGCAAAAAAACAGAAUGGUGUGAAUGGAUGCCUACCCAACAAUACAGUCCAUCCAGAGGACAAGGGGGAUGAAGAGAAAGGUUCCCCAGACCUGAAAUUGAACCAGACGGCCAUUGCUCUAGUUGAUCAACCCAUCAACGGGCAGGUGAACUGGGCCUUUGAGCAGCAAGGUAACGGGUUCGACCAGGACUCUAAAACUGGUAUUCAUGACGAUGAUCACAUAACACAGACGUCCAGUACCGGAGAAGAAGGAGAGAUGGGGAGGACCUCCGUCAACAACACACACACCAUCAUCCUGGACCUAUCCACAACCAACUUUGCUGACACGGCCACUGUGAAGACGCUGAAAAACAUAUUCCUAAACUACAGAAAGAUCGACAUUGACAUUUUUUUAACUGGAUGCCAAGUCUGUGUGGUGGAGCAGUUAUCGAGUGCAGGCUUCUUCUCUGAGUCCAUCCCUAAGAGCUGUCUGUUCACUACGAUCCACGACGCGGUGCUACACAGCCUCCGACUGCAUGGGGCGUCAGACGUACCCAUCAUCUACGAGUAUGCUCUGGACUUGACCUGCACUACCAAGAUGUAACCAACAGAGGUCACUUUGUUCCUCUUCCACUCCACCUCCCUUCCACUCCACCUUCCUCCUUCUCCUCCUCUCGUCACUCCGCCUUGCGCUGCCUGGCUUCCCAUUGGUUCCCCUCACCUCUUCCCCCUCUGUGAACGAGAAUGCACCAACGUGUGUGUUUGUGUGUAUGUAUGUGUGUGUGUGUGUUUUCUUCCGGUUGGACCAAGGCAGUUCCCCCUUCACAUUAUGUUUAAUAACUGAAUACAGAAUACCUCCCUGAAUUAUUUGUCAGCCACCUGAGAUGUGUAGUCUAGUCAGCAGUUCUCUUCACUUCCCCCAUCCCCAGCUCCCUAAUCCUUUUUAAUCCAUUACUCCUGUGGCCAGUGUGACCCAGACAGUAGUAUGUCCUGUACCAGUCAAAAGUUUGGAAACACCUACUCAUUCAAUGGUUUUUCUUAAUGUUUACUAUUUUCUACAUUGUAGAAUAAUAGUGAAGACAUCAAAACUAUGAAAUAACAUAUAUGGAAUCAUGUAGUAACCAAAAAAGUGUUAAACAAAUCAAAAUAUGUUUUCAAUUUGAAUUUCUUCAAAGUAGCCACCCUUUGCCUUGAUGGCACACUCUUGGCAUUCUCUCAACCAGCUUCAUGAGGUAGUCACCUGGAAUGCAUUUCAAUUAACAGUUGUGCCUUGUUAAAAGUUCAUUUGUCAUUUAUUUCAUUCUUCAUACAUUUGAGCCAAUCAGUUGUGUUUUAAAAAAUAAAGAAAAACCCUUGAAUGAGUAGGUACUGUACAUAUAAAUAUAACACACUUGCUUUUCAUGAACUAACACUCACACUUGCCUUUUUCCCCUUCUAGCACUGACUUUGCUGGUAGCUGCUUUAUUGAUGAAAAAUGUACUUACUUUGACUGAGAUAUGUGGUUGUCCCACAUAGCUAUCUUAAGAUGAAUGCACUAACUGUAAAUUGCACUAACUGUAAAUUGCACUAACUGUAAAUUGCUCUGUAUAAGAGUGUCUGCUAAAUGACUAAAAUGUUUAUGUAAAUGAUAAUUGCUUUAAUAAAAUUAGCUCUAGCUAAGUCCUAUGUCUCUCAUAGGCUAGGGUUAUAUGGUUUCAAUGCCAAGGGGAAAACAUACAAUGGGUUAUUUCUUAAUCCUCACUGCUGAUAAUGUAAUCAUAAUAAUGUUGAAAAUUAUGUAAAUCAUCCUAAAACAGAAACAUGUUCAAUAUCCACUGAGUGAGUAUGAGUAGCAGCUACUCACUCUAUUAUCCAAAGGUGUUUGUAUCAUAUCACUGACAACUUUCACAUUUUAGUUAAUUAGCAACUACUUACUACAUGUUAGCUACUUUGCAACAACAUAGCAUCCUUCCCCUAAACCCUAAACCCCUAACCCCUAACCCCUAGCCUAGCUAACGUUAUCCGCCUAGCUAACGUUAUCCACCUAGCUAACGUUAUCCGCCUAGCUAACGUUAUCCGCCUAGCUAACGUUAUCCACCUAGCUAACGUUAUCCGCCUAGCUAACGUAAGCCACAACAAAUUGGAAUUCUUAACAUAUACAGUCCAGGUUGGCAUCACAGCCUUGACCCACAUCUAUACAUCAUAUAUUUCAUGGUCAAAUCAAUGCCAAAGGGAGUAUAGUUCUCCCCUAGUUUGAACACUGUUAUAGAGCUAAUCUCGUUGUAUCUUUCUGUAUUUUUCUAAAGAGGAUGUGAAUAAUUCAUGUUAAUGUGCAUUUUGAACAUUUUACUAAAUUGUUCAUUUCCUGAUCUAAGUUAAUGUACUUUGAAUACAUUGAAUACGAUUUGUAAUUAUCUAGCAUUGAUCGAACACAUUCCAAUAUCUUAAAGUAAAAAUUAUUGUUUCUGAGUUCAUGGCUAAAUAAACGUCAGUAAAAUCA